UGGGACAAUUGAGUGGAUGAGGCAACAGAAGGAAGAAGGCAAGAGAGAAAGAAAACUCAAAGCAAGGCAAGAAAGAAGAGAGCAACAAAUACAAUGGUGGUUCUUCUCUAUCCUUCCCUCUCUCUCUUCACAUCCAACCAUCUUCUUCCUUCCAAUCUCCUUCUCAGAGAGCAAGGUAGAGUUGUGAUGCAGCAGAACAAAUGGAAAUUAAGUUCAAGUGCCAACUCAAAACCCAGUUUGGAAAAUGGGGUUGGCAGAAGAGAGUUGCUCAUGUUUGGCAUUUCUGCUCCUGUUUUACUAGUCUCACCAUCUCCAGGGUCCCUUGCAGAGGCAGACUUGAAAAUGGCUCCAUUUUUUGAUGAAAUAAAUUCAUAUUCUUAUCUAUACCCAAUGGAGUUGCCAUCCAAGAAGGCCCUUUUCAAGUGGGUGGAAUCGAGAAAGCCAGAGCGUUAUUCAUCAGCCGCACCAUUAUCUCCUGAUGCACGCCUGCGCAUUGUUUCUGAGCGCGUUGACAUUGUUGAUAACCUCAUCAUUUCCAUUUCGAUAGGUCCCCCGAAUUCAAAGAUUAUAAAAUCACAAGACAAGAGUACAUGGACUGCAAAAGACGUUGCUGAUUCUGUUUUGGCAGACAAGUCCGCAUUGCGUGUCACCUCAACUCAGCGCCAGGCUGAGAGUCAAGUUCUUGAUGCACACUCUGGUGAAAUUGAUGGUCGGCCAUACUGGUAUUAUGAGUACCUUGUUCGCAAGGCACCCACAAAAACUGCUGACGAAUCUACCAAUUACAGACACUAUAUGGCUUCAACAACUGAACGAGAUGGUUACUUUUACUCUAUAAAUGCUUCAACCCUCAACAAGCAAUGGAACAUAGUGGGGCCAAUCUUGCAAAAAACAGUAGCUUCAUUUCACCUUCUCCCUCCCACAGAAAACUAUGUUCCUCCAUACAAGGAUCCAUGGAGAUUCUGGUGACAAGUUCAUUUGUUCUUGUGGUCCCACUCGCGCAAAACUGAAGAAUUUUGAACAAAAUUACUCUAUUCCUGUCGAAAUUUUGGCUUUAAACUCCGUUAUGUUUCUCUUUUGGUAAACGAUGGGUAAAGGGUAGAUGACAAAUUUUGUAUGUAACAAUUGGUUGCAUUUUAUUCAUAAUUUGAUUGAUUCUGUU